UUUUCAAAAAGAAGAGGGACGACGAGACGGUGCCUUCUCCUUCAACUGUCACUCGUGUGAGUCGAAAUCGGAGAAGAGCUUGCGGCGUUCUUCGCCAAUGGCCGACUCGGGGAAAUCAAUGGAGAUGUCCAACUCGACUGCCUCAGGGCCUAAAAAGAUGAAAGUCAAGAUUUUACAAUUUGAGUCUUGUGUUUGGAUGAACAUUUUCCUUGACCAGAUCGUGCGUAAAUUCGCCUGGCGGUGGCAUGCGGUUGCUUCUUGGACAUGGGAUGCCCAAGACGAAACUUGUGGGAUUUGCCGGAUGGCGUUUGACGGGUGUUGCCCCGACUGCAAACUCCCGGGAGAUGAUUGCCCUCUGAUAUGGGGAUCGUGCAACCAUGCAUUCCAUCUUCACUGCAUAUUGAAGUGGGUGAAUUCACAAACCCCUCAAGCACAUUGUCCCAUGUGCCGUCGGGAGUGGCAAUUCAAAGAAGGAUGAUGAACAACUUCAAGACGAUCAUGGAUGGAAUCAAUACAUUCACAUUCACAUCCCUGUUUUGGAUUUGUGCUUUCAAUGGUGCUACUAGUUAGUUAUGUACUAUGUUUUUAUACAAACAAUUCCUUGGAUUAAAGAGGGUUGGUUCUUAAUCAAUUGGUUUGCUUCUGGGAAUGGGAUCCAAUGUUAAUUUUGUACUACAGCUAUCAUUGUGCUUUAUUUCUAGUAGUAGUAAUUUAUUUGGAUUCCCUGUCUUGUCUUGAACA